GUGCCGGAGUCCGGCCGACGCGCGCACAGUCUUGCUCGCACCUUCGCUCCCUGCGGCGUCUGCAGCCGGCAGUGCCGUGACGGGGUCCGACAGGCGGGCGAUCCUGGAAACCAGCGACAUCGGGCGCCUUCACGCUGUGUGGGAGAAGCUAAAGCUGUGAGGAGGCGCCGCGCCAGCCCACCAGCGGGUAACAGACUAGGACUGCGUGCGCCCUCGUAGGCGUUGCUGCCGGGCGCCGGGUCCUGGGGCAGCGGCUGCGAUCCUUGGGGGCUGCUGGUUUCUCCAGGUCGUGGCAGGGGCUGGCUGCAGUCACCGGCUCCUCUGAAAGCCCCACUUGGCGGUAACUUCAGGAGGGCUCUCCCCGUCAUCCUUCACCUGCCUCCACGGCCACUUGUGAGGCUACUUGAGGAAAAUGAUGUGACAGCCCCUCUCGGAAAGGAGCAUCGGGAACGCAGAGCCUCUGUGAAGGAAGUGGCCCCGUUCCCCUCUUGCAGAAGUGACAUUCUCAAAUUCCAAAAUGCCAGCCAAGACCCCAAUUUACCUGAAAGCUGCCAAUAACAAGAAAGGAAAGAAAUUUAAACUGAGGGACAUUCUGUCUCCUGAUAUGAUCAGUCCUCCCCUCGGAGACUUUCGCCACACCAUUCACAUCGGCAAAGAGGGCCAGCACGACGUCUUUGGAGAUAUUUCCUUUCUCCAAGGAAACUACGAGCUUUUACCUGGAAACCAGGAGAAAGCUCAGCUGGGCCAGUUCCCGGGGCAUAACGAGUUCUUCCGGGCCAACAGCACCUCCGACUCUGUGUUCACAGAGACGCCCUCCCCUGUGCUCAAAAACGCCAUCUCCCUCCCAACCAUCGGGGGGUCCCAAGCACUCAUGUUGCCCUUAUUGUCGCCCGUGACAUUUAAUUCCAAACAGGAGUCCUUCGGGCCGGCCAAGCUGCCCAGGCUUAGUUGUGAGCCUGUCAUGGAGGAAAAGGCUCCUGAGAAAAGCAGAAUGCUGGAGAACGGGACCGUCCACCGGGGAGACGUCUCCUGGGGCUCCAGCGGGUCCGCGUCGCAGUCCAGCCAGGGCAGGGACAGCCACUCGUCCAGCCUCUCCGAACAGUACCCCGACUGGCCAGCUGAGGACAUGUUCGACCACCCCACCCCGUGCGAGCUCGUCAAGGAAAAGACUAAAUCAGAGGAGUCCCUCUCUGAUCUCACGGGCUCCCUCCUCUCCCUGCAGCUGGAUCUCGGGCCCUCAUUCUUGGAUGAGGUGCUGAAUGUCAUGGAUAAAAAUAAGUAACAGGACACCUCCAGCAAUCUCUGAGGAAUAAAAGGUCUCAAACAAACAAACAAACAAACAAAUAAAACACUCAACAACAAUGAACCAUGGUCGAAGAGAAGAGCUUCGCUGCGGCUAUUUGCAGUUAUGUGAUGGGUUUUCUAAAGUAAUGUUCCUACAAAGUAUUUUUUUACCUUCUAUACCCUAUUUGCAAAAACAGUUAAAGGAAAAAAAGGACCUGGCAAAAAGAGGAAGUGAGUCGGUCAGAACUCGUUUUCAGCAGGCCUGGCUGAUGCUCAGCUCACGUCUUUUGUUUGUAGACACGGAGGAACCUGGCCGGCUGGGAUGGGCACUGGCUACGAGGGGCUGCCAAGUCGCAGCGAGGAACUUGACAAUACUCUGGCAUUUUCUGAGCAAGAGGAAGUCAAAAUUAAUUUAACACCUACGCCUUUUUUCUAGACUCUUUUCUAUAUUAUGUCGUUUGGGCUCACCAUAGCAGAUUCUUCAGUGUUAAAACUUUUCUCUGCUUUCACACUUGAACAACUUUAUGGGCUUGGGGGAUUUUUCUUGUAGCUCUUAUAUAUCUCUAUAUAAUAUGUUGACUUUGUGGAAUUUUUUGACUGUCGGCGACAUGUUGGUAAGACACAAGCAAAGUGUUACUGUAACUAAGUUAUUUUUAAAGUUAAAAUAUAUUUUUAUGUGCCUUUGGCUUUUUAUUGCAGAGUCUACAUUUUAUAGAUACUACAGCAAAUGUCGUCAUUUGACUUGAUUCCAUAUGGUUCCAUUGUAAGCUGCACGUGUGUAUGUUUGGAAAAGUGUAUUCAUACUUUAGCUUUAUUUUCUUUUUUCUUCACCUGUUAAACUUUUCAUAGCAGCCACCAAUGGAUCGUCAAGUGUAAAGGCGCAGGUUACUCAUGACGCUUCUGCAGAGACUGUGGGCCACACCACGUAAUGUUCUUUGGAAAUAUGGGUAUUUUCGUGCAGUACAUACUUGCAUUUCAUAGGUACUUCAUACAACACAAUAAAGAGUAAAUGUUAAAACGAA